AUGCUCUUCUGGGGAUUUUUUGGUCCCCUGGCUUUGUUUGUGAGGACUAAUGGUAGUGUUUUUUCUGACCCCAACCUGCUGACUUGUGGCCAAGAAAGCUUACAGCUCACCUUACCUCCAGGCUGGGAAGGGAAUACUUCCUUUGUGCUGACUACGUGGGAUACUGAAGGGAAGGCACAUGCUCUGCAGAAUGACUCUGACUGUGGACUCUUGGUAUCUGGGAUGCCAGAUGGUUCCAGGAAAGUAUGGGUUUCUUAUACUGGCUGUUACGUCUUUGAGUGGGAUGGGAAUUACCUCAUGCUGGUUGGCCUUGAAGAAAUGGAUGCUGCUGGACAAAAGGCUCUUCAUGAAGAGACACUGCUCAGGUGCCCUGUGGAUCUUCCUGCCCUGGAUGCUCCAAGCAGUGGUGUCUGUUCAGCUGUUCUCCACCAGGACCGGCUAUCAUGUGCUUCCUUGCCUACCAGCCAGGGAGACUGUGAAGUGCGAGGCUGCUGCUAUGACCCUAGGGAGAGGGUAAAGCCUUGCUACUUCGGUAACACAGUGACAGCUCAUUGCACACCAGAUGGGCAGUUUUCCAUUGCUGUUUCUCGAGAUGUGACCCUGCCACCCAUUGUCCUGGACUCUGUGAAACUGGCCAGUGGACACAGUACUGGCUGUGCCCCUGUCAUGAAAAACAAUGCCUUUGUUGUGUACCAGUUCCCACUCUCUGCAUGUGGCACCACUUUUCAGGUGACUGGAGAACAGGCCAUAUAUGAGAAUGAGUUGGUGGCAUCCAGGGGUGUGAAGAAUGGAAGCCUUGGCUCUGUCACUAGGGACAGCACUUUCAGGUUACAUGUUAGAUGUAGUUAUUCCAUCACUGGGAGCUCCAUUCCUUUGAGUGUUCAGGUCUUCACAUUGCCACCACUACCUCCUGUGUUCCAGCCAGGUCUUCUCUCCUUGGAGCUACGUGUUGCCUCAGAUGGAAGCUAUACUUCCUACUAUACUGACAGUGAUUAUCCUGUUGUGAAGACUUUGAGAGACCCUGUUUAUGCAGAAGUCAAGAUCCUUCAGAGGACAGACCCAGACCUGACUUUAGUUCUGCAUCACUGCUGGGCCACACCAAGUAUCAACCCCAAGGAACAGCUGCAGUGGCCUGUUUUGGUGGAUGGGUGCCCUUAUGCAGGGGACAAUUAUCAGACACAGCUGAUGCCUCUGAGUUUAGCCUCAGGACUACGGUUCCCCUCUCAUCAUCAGCGUUUCGCCCUCUACACAUUCACUUUUGUGGAUUCCACUUCCCAAGAGAAGCUCUCUGGGCUGGUGUACCUGCACUGCAGUGCUUCAGUGUGCCACCGCUCUGUACAGGAGUCCUGCACCACCACUUGUCCUGCUAGAGCCAGAGGUAAAAGGAGUGCUGAGCAUCCCUUUCAGGAAGGUGCCUCCCAUGUCUCCAGUAAAGGCCCUGUGAUUUUUCUCCAGGAUGAGCUAAGAUGGGACACAUACAAGGAUGACCUUGGAGCAGCUGUGCAUACUGCAAUCCCCUCGGCUCUGGGGUUUGCUGCUGUGACAACUGGGGCAGCUCUGUGCAUGGUGCUUGUGGCUGCUGUGCUGUGGCAAAGGAAGGUGUCAGCAACACAUGAAAUCAAUGGAUUGCAAUAA